AUGAUCUCACGGUCUGAUCGUAAAUCAAGCAUCUGUCUGUGCGUGCCUAUGUACCUUUGUCUCUCUUUUUUUUGGUUUUUCGCUGUCUGGGCCUGUUCAACUAACAAUCGUUCAAAUUAUUAUAUAUUGCACUGCACGCACAUCUAUCUAUCUAUCUAUCUAUCUAUCUAUCUAUCUAUCUAUCUAUCUAUCUAUCUAUCUCUGUUCCUUCAUUCCUUCAUGUCUGUCUCUCUGUCUAUCUAUCUAUCUAUCUAUCUAUCUAUCUAUCUAUCUCACUCUGUUUCUUCAUUCCUUCAUGUAUCUAUCUAUCUAUCUAUCUAUCUAUCUAUAUUAUGUCACCAGUCGUUAAUGAUAUCGAGCGAAUCACAGAUUUUUUGGUUUAAAUACGAUUUUCUUUCUUUCUUUCUUUCUUUCUUUCUUUCUUUCUUUCUUUCUUUCUUUCUUUUACUUAUCUCUUAA